AUGGAGAACAAUAACCUACUUGAGAGUUUGCUUGACCUGGAGGAAGAGUUCUACCAAGAAGGCUACGAUCUGGGUGCAGCAGAUGGUGCGCAAGCUGGGUAUACAGAGGGUAGUGUGUUUGCUGUCGAGAAAGGGUUUGAGAAGUUCCUCGAACUGGGAAGACUAUAUGGCAAAGCCCUGGUCUGGUCUCAACGGCUUGCAGAUUCGCAGCUGUCGGGAAAGGCCGAGUCUGAUGGCCAGAACAACGGAGCCCUGGAGAGUGAUCACAAGCAGGAAGAACUCUCCUUGUUGGAUCCCGCCAUUUGCAAGGAAAUGUCGAGCUUUUCGUCUAGCUCCAGACUAGCCAAGAACAUCGAGAUCCUGCUGGAACUGGUAGACCCCGCUUCCCUGCCUAUGGUGAACACGGAGGAAGCGGUGAAUGAUGUAGAUGAGCGCAUGAAAGGCGCUGCUGUUAAAGCCAAGUUGAUCCAGCGUGCCCUGGGCGAGAGGGAAGACAACUCGGAUAUCCAUCCCGACGCCAAAGACCUUCCGGUGUCUGGAUCUGCUUUGGGGGUGGACAAACACCCUGCUUCUUUUGCAGCAUCUCCCUCGGCCCUUCUCGGACGUUCUCCGAAUUACAGGCCACCGGAAGCUGCUUGCUCUAUAGCCGCAAGCCUGGGAACUCAUUCGGGGACCAGACUGCCGAGACAUACUAAGCCACUCCGCAAUAUUGAGAUGGCUUGUCUUGGGAAACAAGGCCCCGGGGAGGGUUUCCAAUUACCGCAUCCGUCCAAAGCUCGCCCCGAAGACCUCGAAUCUCCCCGAGGCAAUCCCCGGUGUAUGUCUGGGACUGACUUGGCUUGGAACAAAAGUCGGGAUCAUCCCGUUUAUUACUCCUUCCUCUUUUCAAAUUACCCGCGCCAUCUUCCGAUGGAUGAUCUACAAAUAUCACUGUAUAGCCCACCGGGGGAUCUGUUGAUCGGAAUGAAAGGCUGUAUUUGGGCCCUCCUUCAUCCCUUCGAGACGUCGACUUGA